GUUGUUUAAUGGUCGUGUCAGUGGGUCAUUGUCAAUGUCACAAACCACGAACUAAUAAAUAAAAAUAAAGUCGCAGUGCCAAUUUUUUCAGCGAAUAAGGUUAUAACACUGAACACCAGAAUGAGUCAGUUCCUGAGACAAAAAAUAUGUUUGUAUCGCCUGUCCCCAGUCAGUAUUGAUCUGAUCGAGCCAAAUCUGUACCUAGGAAGUCGUUCGGCCGCCGAAGAUCCAGAAACCCUAAAAAAAUACAACAUAACCCACAUCCUAACAAUCGACGAUAUUCCACUACCUGAUGAAUUCACGAAGAAACAAAAUUUAACCACAAAAUGCAUCUGCCUCAGUGACCAACCCAGAGAAGACCUGUUGUCCCAUUUGGACGACACGUACGCCUUCAUUUCCGAAGGCCUGUCGAAAGGAUCCGUUUUAGUCCACUGCUUCUUCGGCGUGUCUCGCAGCGCGUCCCUCGUUAUUGCAUUUAUUAUGAGAAAGCACCACAUGCCGUAUGAAAGAGCGUUCGAGAAAGUGCGGCGGCGCAGAAACCGGGUUUGGCCAAACACGGGAUUUGUUACUCAGUUGAGACUGUACCAGGAAAUGGGGUACAAAGUGGACUCACUGUACCCCAAUUACAAAAUUUACAGAUUGCACAAAGUCGCCAAUCAAGUGCGCAAAGUCCGUGCUGUGCCACAUGAUUGCAUGGAUGUGAUUCAGGAUGACCCUGGAUUGGCUCCAUUGGCACCGGAAGCCAAGGUUUUUUGUUGCAAGGGGUGCAGUAGGGUUUUGGCAGACGAAUCACACUUGAUUCCUCACAUGCACCAGGGGGAAAUUUGUAAUUUGUUGUACUUUGUUUUUCCCAUUGCUUGGAUGGAUUGCUGCAAGACUGUUGAAAGAGGGCUGUGUUGCCCGAAGUGUAAUGCAGAAGUGGGAUCAUUCAACUGGAAUGUUGCUAUUCGAUGUCCGUGCGACGCUACAAAGAAUCCUGCUUUUUGCUUAAAACCAGAUGGGGUGAAAUUUAUUAAAGUUUCCAAACUUUGACUUGCGUUUCUGUUUUUUUUGUUAUAUACGUUUAUUUUUGUUAGGAGAGUUUUUAUAUUUUUUUAAUUCUUGGCCUAAUAACCUCCCUGGUAUUACAUAGCCAAAAAUAUAUAACGUUGUGAACUAUUUAUCCAGUCCAUUUUUAUAGAAAAUAAUUUAUAUCAGAUUUUUAUAUUAAUAAAAAAUAUGUGAUAUGUAUGUACAUACAUA